GCGCCCCGGACGCUUUGGAACGCGGUGUUUCUCAUUUGCGUACCUGCGAAGGAGUGAGAGUGUGUGGCUCGCGGCCGUGACAGUGACAGGCGGGGGGUCCGGCAGAGAGCAGCGGGGCGACUGGUCCUGGGCGUCCGCUCCGCUCCCGGGACCGCAUAGUCCCCCUCCCCGGCCCCCUGUCCCCCGGCGCCCCCCCUCCCUGAGGGUUGGGGCACCGUUUGGCUCCACGCGCGGUCCACAAUGUCUGUGGCUGGACUGAAAAAGCAGUUUCACAAAGCUAGUCAGCUCAUUAGUGAAAAAGUCAGUGGAGUAGAAAAAACGAAACUAGAUGAAGAAUUCGUAGAAAUGCAAAGGAAAAUAGAAAUAACUAGUAAAGCAAUUGUAGAGCUUCUUGCAAAAUGCACCGAGUGUCUUCAGCCAAAUCCAGCAUAUAGAGUGAAGCUUGGAAUGUGGAAUACUGUGUCCAGACUCAAAGGGCAGGUCCUAACCUCAGGAUACCCACAGCCUGAAGGGUUACUAGGAGAGUCUAUGCUGCGAUAUGGAACAGAGCUUGGAGAAAACUCUAUGUUUGGUCAAGCAUUAUUGGAUUUUGGUGAAUCAAUGAAGUUGUUAGCUGAAGUGAAAAACUCUCUUGAUAUCAAUGUGAAACAAAACUUUAUUGAGCCAUUACAGUUAUUGCAAGAAAAAGACCUAAAAGAGGUUGGGUAUCACUUGAAAAAGCUGGAAAGUCGUCGUUUGGACUAUGAUUAUAAGAGACGAGUUAGUAGGAUAUCAGAUGAAGAAUUACAAAAAGCAAUAGAAAAAUUUGAAGAGUCAAAGGAUUUGGCUAGAAAAGGCAUGGAUAAUUUGUUAGAAAAUGAUAUAGAGCAAGUUAGCCAGUUGGCAGUAUUUGUAGAAGCCAUGCUAGACUAUCACAGACAGUCUGUUGAAAUUUUGCUGGAGCUACACAGGAAAUUACAGCACCGAAUACGCAUAUCAUCUAUUUUCUCUAAUUAUACUUACAAUCCAAGUACUCCAAUCAGUACUUCUAAAGAUGGCAGUCAUGAAAAUUUUCCCCGUUCUUCAAUAAAAAAAGGUCCUUCAAUUCACAUGGAUCGUCCAUGCUGUCGUGCUCUCUAUGAUUUUGUUCCUGAAAAUGAAGGAGAACUUGGAUUUAAAGAAGGGGACAUCAUUACAUUAACCCAUCAAAUAGAUGAAAACUGGUAUGAAGGAAUAUUUGAAGGGCAAAUUGGAUUCUUCCCCAUUAAUUAUGUCUCUGUGCUAGUGCCUUUGCCUCAUUAGGUUUGUCACUCCAGCUGUGGACCUCAGUUUGUGACUGAAAUUAAUUCACCCAAGUGUUCUCUCAUUGUGGCAUUCUGUGAAAGCCCUGAUAUAUUUGACUGACUAAAUGACUUUUUGUAUGUGUGUUCUCUUUUUAAUGAGUUUUGUAUUUCAUUUGUAUAAAUAUUUUACCUUUUUGGCCACUUGGAAGUGCAGUUUUCAUUUUUUGCUUUGUCUCUUCAAGGUCACUGAUUAUAUGUGUAUGGAUCUUGUUGUUUAAAAAAAUUGUAUUCAUUGCAGAAACUCUUGACUGGUUUUUGUUGUCUAUUAGAUGCAGUGACUUUUAAAAACAUAUAAAGCUAAAAAAAAAUACCAGUGCCUCCAUGUUAAUUGAGGUCACUGAGUUUUUCAGUCAUCACAAUGUAACUUAUCUGUUAACAAACUAAUAAAUAUUGCUCAUUCUAUGUAGUCAAAAGUCA